CUUCAGUCCGGUAUGUCGACAUCUGAGACCAACUCGCAACAGGCCCCUAAUCUGGAUGUCUCACUGUGUGUCCAAACUUCCCCGCAUGCUAGGGCGAAGCAGAAGAUUGCUGCUCUGAUGGAUGAAAUUGAAAUCUUGAAGCAGGACAAGGCAAUAAAACAAAGGAAGACGACCUAUUAUGUUUCACAGGGACGGGCAGUCCAUCGCAUUGUUGCCCUAUACACUCCUAUAGAGGAUUUGAUCACCAAAAACGACAGGCGGUGUGAAGACUGCGAGUCUAGCAGCUCCACUAUGGACCAAGACCGUCUUCAAUGUGGUUAUAUCGAACUCGCCAAGGCACUACCAUGGCUUCAUGAUAAGCUAGCAUGUCUUGAUCACGAGGAGUCGGAGGAUAUGCUCAAAAAGCUCAAGCGAGGUGCAGACUCUGCUCGUGGCGACGACACGGGAACCCUUAAAGAGCUCGUUGCUUCAUGGGUAAAUAUCGAGUGCCAUCUGACUACGCUCAUCAGGACCAACAACAAGCACCAUCGAGGUUUUGUGAGUGAUGCGUGCGGCAGACUGCUCUGCCCGGCAGAAUGGUGUUGGGAGGACCCGGUCAUUAGGACUGGCAUUUGUGACCGCACAAUUGCUUAUAUUGUUUCUGAAAAUUCUUGGCCAUCCUUCAUGUAUGAAAACUACAAAGCUGAUGCCAAUAAUCUGGAGUGCGGUCUGAUGAAGUCAAGGUUGUUGAUCAUGGGAUUCAAGGCUAUCUUUACUUCUCCCUCUUCUGCUAAUGAGGUGGAUGGUGAAGGUAAUGACAUGUGUUGCCUCCAUCAUAGGUAUGAGGAAAGUAACACCUCGCGUGAUCGCAUCUGGUUCGCACUUUCCAGCAUCAACUCCUGGCGCACUGUGGAUGGAGACUUCAACUAUCAGAUAUUCUGGAACAGCAUUAUCAAUUUCUUUGAAGACGCUCUGGGUCCAGCUGCACGAACCAGGGUGAAUAAGCUUCUUGAAUGGUGGACCAGGCAAGUCAUCAACCAUUAG